AUGCACGCGUCCACGCCGCCCGCCCAUGCAAAUCGAGAAAGUGUUGGGCUGCUGGGCGCCAAAACAGAUGCGCCUCGAUCAGAGGCACACACAGUCACUUCUUCCACGACUCAGACUGUUGGAACGUUCAGCUCCUGCUGGCAUCGCUGAAUGGCAAGAGGGACUGGAGGGAGCACAAGGAUUCGAGCAGCAGGCUUCCUCAUCGCCAACACCAAACCUUUUCGACUCGAUCUCCGUACGCGCGCAGGUGCGCUCCACCAAGAUGCAGGCCACCUCCGCUUCCAGCCUGUUCCAGUCCACCGCAUCGCUGGAGAUUGGUCUUUCCCGCGCUUCCAAAGCAGCGCGCACAUCUGCAGGAUCGCAGUACGGCAGUCCGAUAUGGCUUGGUCGCAAGCAAGAGGAUUUGAACGCUCUGGCCGAAGGAGCCGCCGGAGCUGAUGGUGGAGCCGACAAGGUGCUUGCCUUGGAGGUCGAACGGGAUGAAGGCAGUGACGAAGCGGCUGCAUGGGUAGCUAGUAGUGGUGGCUUGGUGAGAAGGAUCGAUUUGGAGACUGGAACGAUCACUCAUUCAGUUCGAGCACACAAUGCACCCGUCUCUGGUCUGUGCUUGUACCCCGUUACGGCUGGCAGAACGCUAUUGGUCACGAGCUCUUGGGACAAGUCAAUCCGAUUCUGGACUGUACCUCCUCGCUUGCACACAAGGGCGUCCGCCAGCAAACAUGUCAAGGCAUCUCUGCAGCAAGUCUUGACGAUCAAAGACGCAGGAAGCGACUUCAUCAAGGCGCUUCACGUGCUAUCUGCUCAGGACCAGGAGGUACUGCUGAGUGGGGGGAGUGACAAGAUCGUCCGAGUCUGGGACCUGGCUCCUCUCAAGGCAUGGGCAGCUUCGCUGCAAGAUUCGCAGUGGCUGUCCAUUUCUUCGGCAGAAAGUAGUCACGCACCCCAGCCCGCUAUGCUGCACGCCUUUCGGGAACACACCAGGCCGAUUACGUGCUUUGCUUCUUUCGCACCCCGGCUGGGACAUCAUGGUCCAUCAAGCGACGGCCAUGCGGCAACAUCGCAGCCAACACAUCUCGUGUAUAGCGCCGACAGUAUGGGCAAAGUGCUCGAGCUCGAAUUAAGCCUGCAGCGCGAAGGCGCGAUUAGCGCCAGAGUGGAAGUGAAGAGGGAGCUGGUAGGGAACGAGACUGGCGUGGUAGAUCUUAGCGCUGGAUGGAGAGCGGAAGAGGAUGAAGAUGAGCACGGAGAGGUCAGAUGGACGGCUGAGCUUUGGACCGCAUCCCACGAUAAGGUGGCCAGGCUGUAUUUGCCGGACAGCGAGACUGCAGCUUCUGGUACUGGAGGGCUUCGAGCUGCCGGCAGUAGCAGUCGAAGUGGUCAGGUGCUAGGGCGUCUUGCGCCCCUCGAUCCAUCCAGAAGGAUCGAGCAUUCCAGCUAUGUCAAGGUGGUCUUACCUUUGGCUCACCUUGCUUCGCAUCGCCCCGACCCUUCGUCGGAAGCGCUUCGAGAUAUUCUAGUGACAGGCGAGACAGACGGAGAUCUGCGUGUCUGGGACCUUAGCUCGCAAGGGGUGGAUCAAGUCGAUGAGUCAAAGGAAGACACUUCUGCUGGGCAGCCCGUAACGAGAAGAACGAUUCAGGGUGAAGCAGUCCAGACGGGUCCUGGUGCUAGACUAAUACGGGCAAUGGAAGCGCAUUGGCACGAAGUCAUCGUCAUCCGACCCUGGUGGCGGGAUCGCACCAGACCGUUGCCCGAACCAAAUCAGGAAGCGACGGAAACGCGAGAGAUCAAGGUUGAAGCUGCCAAAGCAAAUCAGUGCGAAUGGUGGCUCGUUACAGCUGGGUUGGAUGGGAGUGUCAGGAGGUGGAGAGCUGCUGACAUCAUCACGCCAGCUCCGUCUGUGCAGAAAGACUCGGACGUGGCCUCGGCGUCUCAGAAGCCUCCUUUGAUUGACAAGGGAGCGGCCAAAAAGGCGGACCCCGAAAUGACGGAAGAAGAAGAGAGAGAGCUACAAGAAUUGAUGGAUGAGGACUAGUGAGACC